AUGGUCCUGAUCUCACCCUGCCCCAUCCCUGUCCCCAUCCAGGCCCCAGUCCUCACCCCCUGCUCCAUCCAUGUCCCCAUCCAGGCCCCAGUCCCCACCCCCUGCUCCAUCCCUGUCCCCAUCCAGUCCCCAGUCCCUACCCCCUGCUCCAUCCCAGUCCCCAGUCCCUACCACCUGCUCCAUCCCUGUCCCCAUCCAGUCCCCAGUCCCUACCCCCUGCUCCAUCCCAGUCCCCAGUCCCUACCACCUGCUCCAUCCCUGUCCCCAUCCAGUCCCCAGUCCCUACCCCCUGCUCCAUCCCAGUCCCCAGUCCCUACCACCUGCUCCAUCCCUGUCCCCAUCCAUCCCCAGUCCCUACCCCCAGCUCCAUCCCUGUCCCCACCCAGUCCCCAGUCCCUACCCCCUGCUCCAUCCCAGUCCCCAGUCCCUACCACCUGCUCCAUCCCUGUCCCCAUCCAUCCCCAGUCCCUACCCCCAGCUCCAUCCCUGUCCCCACCCAGUCCCCAGUCCCUACCCCCUGCUCCAUCCCAGUCCCCAGUCCCUACCACCUGCUCCAUCCCUGUCCCCAUCCAGCCCCAGUCCCUACCCCCUGCUCCAUCCCAGUCCCCAGUCCCUACCCCCAGCUCCAUCCCUGUCCCCACCCAGUCCCCAGUCCCUACCCCCAGCUCCAUCCCUGUCCCCAUCCAGUCCCCAGUCCCUACCCCCAGCUCCAUCCCUGUCCCCACCCAGUCCCCAGUCCCUACCCCCUGCUCCAUCCCAGUCCCCAGUCCCUACCCCCAGCUCCAUCCCAGUCCCCAGUCCCUACCCCCAGCUCCAUCCCUGUCCCCACCCAGUCCCCAGUCCCUACCCCCUGCUCCAUCCCAGUCCCCAGUCCCUACCCCCAGCUCCAUCCCUGUCCCCAUCCAUCCCCAGUCCCUACCCCCAGCUCCAUCCCAGUCCCCACCCAGUCCCCAGUCCCUACCCCCAGCUCCAUCCCAGUCCCCACCCAGCCAAGAGUAA